GAGUAAACGAACGUUAGAAUUUGGUUCUUGAGCUAGUCAGAAUAAAAAGUUCGUUUGACUGCAUCAGAUAAACGAAGUUUUGGAAGAACUUCUUCAAAUUAAAUAAUUUGCCCGUUCGUCCUUCGAUUCUGACUUGUCGUGGGUUAUAUUGUACAGCUGUCGAAAGUCAAUAGGAAACCUCCAUACGCCAUUCUGGGUUGUCAUCUACAGUUAUAUACUGCAAUGGAAUAUUUGGAGAAUGCACCAUUAGAAACUGGAUGUCCUACCUUCGAGUCAUAAAGAAACUUGAUGCUCGGGUUAUAGAUUCUGUGAUGAAAUGGCCUCAACCAAGCGUUCUCGGUAAACUUUGGCACUCCUGGUCUCGAAAUAAAGCACAUAACUGGACUGUAGAGCAAACUGUACAUUGGCUUACUAGUUACGCCAAACUUCCGGAAUGUGAAUAUUUGCUUCAGAAAGGAAAUAUUUCAGGAAGUAUUUUUCCUCGGAUUUUCAAACCAAACGUUUUGGAAGCCCAUAACAUCAACAAUGUAAAUUCAUUGCAUUCUGGAUUAGCUAAUCAUGUAUCAAAUAUUAAUCUUUUCGGUCCUCCUGAAAGGAGCCCUAGUAUUUAUCUGAUUGUAGGCGUUUUAAUACUGUUUGGGUUAUGGUUUACAUCCAUGCUGACCAUUUGCUUUGUUCGUAUUCUUUUAAAACCUGGAAAAUCAACUCUUAAACAUGAUGGUUUAUCAAAGAGUCGAAAGAUUCUACAAGCACUUGAGAAAAACUUAUCCCAUCAGAUAGAAACUUAUGAUUUAAAAUCGCUUAAUGUUAUUAGUUCAUAUGACAAUAAUGAUAAUUCAGAUCAUCUAAAUUGGAAUGAAGUCAACAAAAUUCUUGGCCAGUCGAAAAUCAAUAUGUUUUUCUCCAAUACUCACUUAUCAGCACUUGUUAGUUUGCUUCAUGAAAGUUACAUUAUAGAAACAAAAUAUCUAUUAGAAAAAAUCAGUGGAACUGCUCAAAAGCUUUCAGUUGCCGAAGAUCUAUAUAUCAAAUCACAAACCAAGAAAUGUCUGUUAAUAUUUCCAUGUUACAGCAAGAAAUGUAUAGAUAAAGAAAUGUAUAUGGUAAUGAAUAGAGUAAAAAAUAAGGUUUCCGAUCUAACACAUGAAUUUUUCUGGUUCCAUAAUGUAAAUGAUAUUUCAACCAGUUCUGACUCUUUCAAAACAACCUGCGAAUGUGAGGAUUCAGAAAAUCCUGAACAAGUUCAGUCAUUUUUUAAAGAUACUUGUGACAGUAAAAAUGAAUGUCAUGAGAAGUUGGAUAAUUUCGCUACCGAAUUUUUCGAAAAUAAAAAUAAAUUCAUUCACCUGGAUUUUCCUGGGGAUCCCAGGAAUAUAUCGAAAAAUGAUGUUCCUGAUUCUUAUGGUGAUAAUCCACAGAUGGUCGAUGCAAAUAAACAAAACUACUCUAAUCUACAUUCUACAAAAAUUCCUACUUUCAUCCAUUUUUCACUUUCAUCUCAGAAAACAUCUAGAAAGUGGAAGUCUGGUUAUGUUCAAAAGAAACAUAUUUUUCAGCAUGUAUAUGGAAGCGGGUUAUCUGCUCUUCCAACCAAACACCGCUCUGGCAAUAUUUCUCAAAAUGGGAAAUUAGGAAUACCGUUUGAAGGUUUUACUAACACUACUAACCCUGCCGCUGGAAUACGAAAACCCGAGUCAAUUAAAUUUUAA